AUGGCACAGCAUCAGAAGGAAGCACCUCCACUCUUGCUGGAUGUUUGGCUGCUUUCCGGCGAGAAGCUGACCUCCGUACAUACAGCGGAGUUAACUGAUGUGCGCUCGUUGAAGCGGCAUUUGCAGACACUCUGCGGGAAGUCCAGAUUCUGUCAGCGUCUCCUUCACGAGACAGUGAACGUUGAUGAUGACACGAUGCUGACUUCUCUCAGCACAAACGUACAGCUGGUGUUGCUACCCUUUGAGCGUCUCUCCAACGAACAGAAUGCAGCCCUCGUAGAUGCUCUUGGCUCUGGCCAAGUGGGAGUUGUAGAAGACAUGCUACUACUGCCUGCAGAUCCAAAUUCCACAGUCAGGCAAUUUUCCCCGAUCACGAUCGCUGCUGGCAAUGGCUAUGAAGCAAUCGUGGGCUUGCUGUUGGAGGCUGGUAGUGCUUUGCACGCGGACGCUGCAACCGCUUCACCCUUACUGGCAGCAUGUUGCAAGGGCCGCAUGCAGAUCGUGUCGCAGCUGUUGGAGGCAGGUGCUGACGUGGACGAAGUCUCCCAGCGUGGAACGCCACUUACCUGGGCAGUAAGCAGUCACGGCCAGGAAGUCGGACAAGACAAGAUCGUCGAGAUGCUUUUGGAGGCUCGUGCUGACGUGAACAAGGUCGAUGGAGAUUUGUACACACCCUUGCUUUCAGCAGUGACUUUUGGCAGGAACCUGGUGAUUGUGAAGCUUCUCCUAGGCGCCCUCGCAGACACCAAUGCUAUCUGCCCUCGAAGAAAACAGACGCCACUUUGCAUAGCGUCAGAAGAUGGAGACGUGGCAUUGAUGUAUGAUCUUUUGACAGCCGGUGCUGACAGAAUCAGUGCCAGGCGCACCCCAUUGACGACGGCAGUCGAUGGCGGCCAUGUGGAGGUCGUGCGAGCAUUGACUUUAGCUGGUGCCACUGUGGACAUGGUCGACGAUGAGUGGUACACACCUCUAACCCGAGCACUCUGGGGUGACAAUGUGGAUAUUGUGCACCUGCUGCUGGCUGCACGUGCCGACGUGGACAUGGCGUGCCCCUACACCGCCCAAACACCUCUCUGCAUGGCCUGCCGCACUGGACGUGUGGAGAUGGUACGACUAUUGCUCUUGUCUCGUGCAGAUAAGGACAAGAGCAGUGUCCGGGGAAGCCCUGUGAAAUUGGCAGCCAGAGCGGGCCAUGUGGAGAUCUUGCGAUUGCUUCUCAUAGCUGGUGCAGAACCUGAGGGAGAUGAUUAUUGGAAGGUAGUGCGCUUGCUUUCGGCCUGUGGCAGAAGCGCAUCUCUCCUAGCAGCCGCCUGUGACUCAAGUCACGCCUGGCGAAAGGCGGUGGUGCUGCUGGAGGAAAUGGACCGGCGGAGUGCGAAGCCGGAUAUUGUUAGCUACAGCACCGCCGUGGUGGCUUGUGAGAAGGCUUCGGAGUGGGCUGCAGCGCUCUCGCUCUUCAGCUCUCUGCGCAAAGCGUCGGUGCAGGUCGACGCCUUCGGCGUGUCGGCCGCGCUCUCCGCCUGUGGAAAGGGCGGCCUCUGGGCCUUGGCACUGGACAUGCUCGCCGAGAUGUCAGACAAGUCUGUGACACCGGACCUCUUCUGCCUGAAUGGCGCCCUGUCUGCCCUUGGGCGCGCCCAACUCUGGGAGGAGACACUGCAGCAUCUGCAGAUGCUGCAGAGCGCCGAAGGAGUUGCACCGGAUGCGGUGAGCUACAACACCGCGAUAUCGGCGAGUGCAGAGAGCAGUCGCUGGCCAAUUGCCCUCUCCCUCUUCCAGGAGAUGCAAGAGAGGGACGUCGUUCCCACCACGAUUAGCUUCAAUGCGGUGAUUUCUGCCCUCAUGGCAGACACGCAGGAUCAAGCUGCUGCGGUGGAAGCCGUGUUUGCCCAGAUGCUGGAAGCGAAAAUCGGUCCAGAUGGCAAAACAUUCUGUGUGAUGAUCGGGGCGCAGGGGUCCGGUCUGCAUUGGCAACGUGCAGUUGACCUCCUGCAGGAGAUGCACCGCAAUUCUUUGGCUCAUGGUGAGCAUGAUGGCGAUGCGAGGCAGCAAGUGGCGGAGAUCCUCGUGCGAAGUGACAAGAGGGAACUGAGCCAAGACGUGAUCCGCCAGGCCGUGGCCGAUGGAGUCUUCAAGACCUUGUCCCAGCCAGAGCAUUAA